AUUCAAUCAAAUGGGCGACCCACCAAGAUAAAGGUAAUACAUCCAAAUCCAGUCCUAAUCAAACUCUUGUCAAUAAUUAUUAAAAAUUUAUGCACUGAUGAACAAUAAUCAGUUUUUGUACGCAUCAAUGGGUGCUGCCACAAUAAAAAUCUGUUGUCUGACGUUACAAUGCUUCCUAUUAUGCGCCACAAAAACCUUUUACUUUUCUCUGCAUAGCUUGCUCCUAUUUACAGCCAGAAAAAGGCAGAAGAGGAGGAAGAAGAAGAAGAUAGAAUCCGUUCUGCUUCUUCGUUUUUCAUAUUGGAGAUGGGUUCUCAUGUCUCUAAGCAGGUAGAACGGCGAAAGGCGAUUUCGACGGAGAAGAAAACUCUAUGUGCUCUUCAUCAAAACUGUGGUGAGGAGUUUCCAGGCUGUGACUACAAGCCUUCAGACAGGAAAAACUGGAUGGCUGGCAUCAACCCUGAGAAAGUUCAUAUAAACAAGAUCGUAUGGCCAGGAACACAUGACUCUGCAACCAACAAGAUUGGAUUUCCAGCCAUCACUAGGCCUUUUGCUCAAUGCCAAUCUUUGUCCAUCUACCAGCAGCUUGUGAAAGGCACCAGAGUUCUUGAUAUUCGAAUUCAGGAGGAUCGCCGCGUCUGCCACGGGAUUCUCCUCACUUACAGCAUAGAUGUUGUGAUCAAUGAUGUCAAGAAGUUUCUAUCCGAAACACAGUCUGAGAUCAUAAUCCUUGAAAUCAGGACUGAGUUUGGACAUGAAGACCCUCCGGACUUUGACAAGUACUUGGUGGAUCAACUUGGAGAGUUUUUGAUCCAUCAGGAUGAGCAUGUCUUUAACAAGACAAUCGCGGAAUUGCUGCCAAGGAGAGUGAUAUGUGUGUGGAAGCCGAGGAAGUCACCUCAGGCCAAGGCAGGGAGCCCUCUGUGGAAUGCAGGGCACUUGAAGGAUAACUGGAUCGACACGGAUUUGCCAUCCACGAAGUUCGAAAGCAAUCUGAAGUAUUUGAGUGAGCAGCCACCAGUUUCAACAAGGAAAUUCUUUUACAGGGUGGAGAACACAGUGACACCUCAGGCUGAUAACCCGGUUUUAUGUGUGAAACCUGUGACCGGUCGGAUUCAUGGAUUCGCAAGGUUGUUCAUAACUCAGUGCUUCUCUAAAGGUGUUGCAGACAGACUGCAAAUCAUCUCCACGGAUUUUAUAGACGAAGAUUUCGUCGAUGCAUGUGUUGCAGCUACAUAUGCAAGAAUUGAAGGAAAAGCCUGAAGAAGCUGAACUUGCUCCUUGUUUGUGUGCAGUGUGUAGUUUUUUUUUCUCGUGUUGAUAAAAUCUUCCUUCCCACUAUGUAAUUUAAUUCAAUCCAUGGAAUUUGUACUGUUAUUGCAGAUUGAUAAGGAAAAGAAACAUUUUCUACGAGCAAAA